AUGGAGGAAGAAGAAGCUUUCACCAGUUCUGCAACACCGUUAAAGAAAAUAAGACGAAUGUGCCAUUAUAAUAAAGACUGGGAAAAUAAAUAUUCUUGGAUAACUAAAGCCAACGUCGACACUAGAGCUUACUGUAAAAUUUGUAGAAAUGAAUUUGCUGUGGCUGAAGAUUUGAAGGGGGAAUUUUUCCAUGCAGCAAAGAAGAGACAAGACCUGAAAGUGUGCUUUGAAUUUUAUGAAAGUAAAUUCAAAGAGGUCCUUCGCCAUGUACCCACUAGGUGGUUAAGCUUGUUCAAAGCCCUGGAUAGAGUUUUGUCAUCGUGGGGGCCGUUAAAAAAAUACUUUCUCGAACUAGGCGUCAAUAAUUGUUCACCGGCUAUAUGGGCUAUUAUAAAAGACCAAAAAGAUAAUCCCACAACAGAAACGAACCCAACUUAUACUGAACUCUAUCUAUACUUCACGCAUAACUUCAUGGCGUCAUUCCAGGAAGUGUUACUAUUACUGGAAAAUAACGACACAUUAGCUUUCAGUCUACACAAUAUUAUGACACAAUUCCGGGACACAAUAGUGAAAAAAAAUUAUGAUGAACACUUCGGAAUGAAAGUGCGUAUGUCCAUGAAUAAAAAGUACCUAUCGGAUGAAGAAACUCAGGAGUUUAAAAAACUCGCCCUGAUUGCUUAUCAACGAGCUGUUGCUUAUUUGGAAAAGUGGUUCCAGUUCGAAAACUCGGUGUUCAGAAGCUUCAGUUGCUUGGACCUUGAACGCGGUUUACCAACUCUGGACCAACUAAUUGAAUUGUGGACUCUAACGAGAAGCAACGACACUCCACCGGAAGCACUCUACUCAGAGUUGGCUAUAUUUAGUAGUGUUUACCAGUCCCUGGAGGGAAAGUCAGUGGAUAUGUGGUGCAGCUUUUUUAGUAAAGAAUCAGCGCCAAAUCUUCUCAAAUUGGUUCAACAUGUAUGCAGCAUUCCUGUAUCGAACGCCUUCGUCGAGCGCAUUUUCAAUGUGAUGGGGAAUAUAUGGACCAAUGAACGAAACCGCCUUGGUCUAGAGACUGUGAAAAGUGAACUGUGUGUUUUUUUAACAUAA